GACGGACUUCGCUUGAUCUCAUGACGGGAGGAAUUAAGAUGGUGAUUCUCUGCCUCACUGUGUGGAGCAGAUUGGAGACACUAAUUCUUCUCAGGAACACGUCACAGGAACAGAAGGCUAGGUUUGCCCAUGCAGUUUGCUUUCAUCAGCUGUAUGUUCAGCCAUCCUUAAGGCACCAUCAUCAGGAAAAGAGAGUGUGAGAGUGAGAGAGGGAUGGAGGGACGAAGGAGAAGGAAUAGCUGCAGGCAUUACUGAAUUACAGAAUCCACAGAGAGACACACUCGCACAGUUACAGAGAGAGACAGAAGCGAUCUCAAAACAGCAUCACUCUCUGCUAGCCAGACAAGUGAACAGAAUAGAGAAAAGAAGAGCAUGAUUGCACAAGCACUAGACAGGAUGACAAAGAUUAGGUUGAUUAGACAGCAGUGAAAUUACCUGAGGGCAAAAAAGGGUGUAGACGGAGAGAGGAAAAGAAGAGUGUGGGCUUUAAUCCUCUUGGCAUGCGAGUUUUAUUGCUGGCUGUUUUGCACUGAGUGUGGUGGUCACCCUGUGUGUGAGUGUGUGCUGCAGAGUUUGUUGGUGGUGUUGGGACGCUUUGGACUGGAAUGUUUCUGAGUUAACUGCUUGGGGCUUUCGGGAAGACACCAUGCUGGGCAAGGAUUACAUGCUCGCCAUCAUCAUUGUCAACUAUGACGAUAAAAUCUGGAAAGAACAGAGUCUGGAGCUGGACUCAGAUCUGCCUCCAGGAUGGCGCACUAUACGUGACAGCACUGGCACCUAUUACUGGCACGUGCCCACAGGCACCACACAGUGGCAGCAUCCCUCCUACAGCACAGAGGAGGAACAAAAUGCCAUUAAUGGCAUCACUGCCAGUCAGAUCAAGACUGCAGCAGAUGGCAUGCUGGAAUCAGGAGGCAGACCGACUGAAAACCCUCUGCCCUCUCUGAGUGAAAGGCCCUCAUGGCAGGAAGAGAAUUUCUGUGCCAACAUGGAUCCCGACUCCAAGUGUUUUGCUGUGCGCUCGCUGGGCUGGGUUGAAAUCCCUGAAGAGGAACUUACCCCUGGCAAAAGUAGUCUUGCAGUGAACAACUGUAUUCAGCAGCUCUCUCACAGCAAAGCAGAGGGCCGGGACGCAGUGGGUGCCUGGGGAGAGGGUCAGGAUAUGAUAAUGGUGCUCAAGAAAGACACUCUAAGUCUAAUGGAUCCUGUGGACCGCAGCCUCAUACAUCGUCAGCCCAUAAUCAACAUUCGUGUAUGGGGGGUGGGCUGCAACAAUGGCAGGGACUUUGCCUUUGUGGCCAGUGAUAAAGACACCUGCAUGCUCAAGUGCCAUGUGUUUCGCUGCAACGCUCCAGCCAAGACCAUUGCAUCUGCCCUGCAUGAGAUGUGCUCCAAGAUCAUGGCAGAGAAGGCAGCUCUGCAGCCCUCUAUGGCCCGAUCUCUCACCAUGGAGAGUAUUUCCCAAGAGGACUUGCCCCGCCAGGUUGAGUUCCUGGAAGCAGUGAGGCAAAGGGUGCAGAAGUUUGAAGUGGAGUACAUUGGAAACCUCCCUGUAUCCAGAGCAAUGGGAAUGGAAGUGUUGAACAGAGCUAUUGAGAGCAUCAUGCACUCCAGAGACAGUGAUGAGUGGGAGCCGAUAGUCAUCCAUGUGUCUGAUACAGUUCUUUCUUUAUGGAGAGGAGAGGAUGGAGAUGACCCAUUUUGGGAAUGCCAAGUACGUUACUUGACUUUCCUAGGUGUGGGUCAUGAUACACAUACUUUUGCUGUCAUAGUGGAUGCAGGAACCCAGCGCUUUGAGUGCCAUGUGUUCUGGUGUGAGCCAGAUGCUGGGAUCAUCUCUGAGGCAAUUCAGGCUGCAUGCAUGGUUCAAUACCAGAAGUGUUUGGUUGCACAGACUCCUCCUGUGAGGUCCAAAAUGUGGAGGGAAGGCUCCAAAGUCAAACGAGCCAACUCCAUGGAUAGCUCUAGCUUUCCGUCCCGACACCAAGCACACACACCUUCCAAAAUGGUCUCCCCCAGCGUGAAGAAGGGCAUGCUGGCAUUUUUUGAGACAUUCCAGAAUAAACAUUCGGCAGUACCCACACCCUAACAACAGCAACUCUAGGAGGAGGAUGGGUCCUGAUGGGCUUUGAGAAGGGGGAUAUCAGGAGAUGGAGAGAUGAAAGGAAUAAAUAAAAAUGAAACCUAAAAAAGCUUGAGAAAUAUGAGUAUCCUUUGCCCUUGGCAUUUUUAAACUUAAUUUCCCUAGUAUGACCUCACAAAAAAACAACCCACCUAUUUGCCCUUAAUAAUAAGAGUGUUCUAAAAGAUUGACAUAUCUGAAUGUAGGUGUGCAGAACAGUGUUUAAAUGACAAUGAGGUGCUGUGCUCUCACAUUCCAAAUACUGACAGAACUGACAGAAUGCUUUGCAAUGUAAAUGCUGUUAUACAACAGUUAAUUACAUUCCUCAAAUGUGAUUGGUAUAAGACUAAUUGGCACGGGCACCGGCAGACAUUGUUCGUCAGGUUUUGUGAGUUGGCUCUUGUUCUUGUUCAGCCUUUGUCGGAUCAUGGAAGAGAAGUGACAUUGUAAACUGGUGAUUGUCGGUGUUGGUGACUAUCAGUGCAGUGUGAAUUAGAGUACAAAUUCUCUAAAUCAUUGACUUGAAUCAUUGACUCAACUGUGUUGCUCAGAGAUGCAGUGAUUGAUUCUGCUUUUAACUUUUUUCAUUGGCUAAGCAAGAAAAGUAAGAGGCAUAUUGUGUCUGAAAAGUAAGUUCAAACUGUUGUAUAAAAGCAAUAUCACACUUGCAGAAGAACAGUUCUAUUGCAAGUGUGAUACUACUGACAAAUUAUCUAUUUUGGAAAGAACAAAAAUGCAGAUCCAACAACUGUGUUACUGAGAAACAUCUAAUAACCCUGCAUGCCUUACAACCUCAGAAUCAGAAAUGAAUCAUAUCAACAUCUUAAGCUUCUACGACCAAUAGUAUGUUGUGCAAUAGGAUGUAUAUCGCAGUUGAAUCAAAUUGUGUCAGACAUUCUGAUAACCAAGUAAUGAUGUCCAGCGACCUAAUUCUCGUAUGACUAAUGUAGACAGUAGAGAUUUUCCAUUUAGGUCACAUUAAUGUUCAAAAAGUAAAUUUAGCUUAAACCUACUAGGAGUGUUCGUAUAUAUAUUAACAGUAAACGGUUUGUGAAAAUGGAUGAUGUUUGCUGUUCUAAUACACUUUUAAAAUCAAAUAAAGUGGAGAAUAUUCAA